UAUAAAUAACAAAGGUCCAGUUCAGUCAACAUCGGGCUCAGCGUUAGCAACACAUCCAGUACCCAGAGAGGGACCCCAAGAACUUCUAUCUACUGGGCAGGGGAGUCCCUGAAACCUUCUUUUUGGAAUUGAAAUUCAUUUAGCUUAGUAAAGAGAAAUGGUUGGACUGAAGCCCACGGAGGUGCUGCCUACCCCUGUCGUCAAAUUUGUAGGCGCGGGCACAGCGGCCUGUAUAGCGGAUUUAUUUACCUUCCCCCUUGACACUGCCAAAGUCCGACUGCAGAUACAAGGAGAGGGGGCAUCUGACACCAAGGUUAUGCGAUACAAGGGAGUUUUCGGCACAAUCAGAACCAUGGUUAAGAUGGAGGGGGCAGCCAGUCUAUACAACGGGCUAGUGGCCGGCCUUCAGAGACAGAUGAGCUUCGCCUCUAUUCGGAUUGGCCUCUAUGACUCUGUGAAACAGUUCUACUGCCGCCAUUCAGAAAGUUCUGGAGUCGCUUGCCGGCUGCUGGCCGGUUGCACCACGGGGGCCUUGGCCGUCACCUUGGCUCAGCCGACCGAUGUAGUGAAAGUGAGAUUCCAGGCUCAUAUCAAAGUGAUAGAUGGCGACAGGAGGUAUAAUGGAACUGUAGAUGCCUAUAAGACUAUCGCCAAGGAGGAAGGUCUCAGAGGACUUUGGAAAGGGACCAUCACCAACAUCACCCGUAACGCCAUUGUGAACUGUGCUGAACUGGUGACCUAUGACCUCAUCAAGGAGGAGAUUCUAAAUCACCGGCUAAUGACAGAUAACAUGCCGUGCCAUUUUGUGGCUGCCUUUGGUGCUGGUUUCUGUGCCACGGUGGUGGCGUCGCCAGUCGAUGUGGUGAAGACGCGUUACAUGAAUUCUCCCUCGGGCCAAUACAAGAACGCACUCAACUGCGCAUUCACUAUGGUGGUCAAAGAGGGGAGCGUAGCUUUCUAUAAAGGGUUCAUCCCAGCUUUCCUGAGACUCGGAUCUUGGAACAUUUUCAUGUUUGUCAGCUAUGAACAGCUAAAGAGAGCCAUGAUGAUGGCCCAUAGUUCUUGGGAAGCCCAUUAAAUAGAGCAUGUAUGUUCAGAAGCUUUGUGAGAAGAACACUGGGACCUUGGAAUAGUCAGAAGUGACGACAUUGGUUCCUCAGGAGGACAACUGGUCAAGAUGGUUUUCAAAUUCAUCCUUAAAAUUCUAUGGAGAGACCUCCUACCUCCGAUUAUAGUCACACAUAAAGUAAGGUUUACACAAUGACACAGAGUCAAAAAGUCAUCAAGUUCAACCCUGAUAAAAGCCUCUACAAGUAGCCCCAAGACUGUUGGAAGGCAUAAAUCCUCUAAUCAUAGCUAACUUACUGGACGUAGUAGGGGAUCAGCAGAUGCCUUCAGCCUGAGGCCUACGCAAGUCAAUAGAUCAGGUUGCAAAAUGUUUGAAAUGUGUAAAGCUUUAUAAAAAAAACAUGUUUUCAUGCUGUGCUACUGGGCAUAUUAUGGUCCACUGAAGGCUGAUAGAGCUUAUUUGAUAUAAAAACUAUAUGAUAUACAAUAUAUUUGGAGGAGCAUUGACCAAGAAGCAAAGUCAAUGGCAUAAAGCGGCUUUAGAUGAAAAUAAACUGUCUCAAUACCCUGUACAAACCUGGUAGGCACCAAAGGCAUCUGGAAGGAGGAGAAGACACUAAGCUCUAUCUGAAGAGUCAAUAAAAUAAAGCUCCACCAGGUAUUUAUCACCAACAUCCAAUGGGGUUUGGCAGCUGAUAAAGGACAUUUAGAAUAUUAAUAUGGCGUUGUGGGUCCCAUUUGUAAUCUGCUCUGCUUGAUCCAAUGGCCAGGAACAUAAACCUGUAUUUGCCCAAGAAUGACUGAAGAACUGACCUGUACCCUGCACCCACCCUGCGGACCAAGUGAAUCGCUGAGAGUGAAAGGAUUUAUACUUUGAGUACUGUAUUUGCCCCGGGUGUGUUUCUGCUUGCCCACUGGGCCGCGCCAUGUCUGUGGCUCUAAAAAUCAUUCCAUUUAUUGUGAUCUGUUAUCGAGAUGUUUAUACCUGAGCUUCUAAGUGGACAUUCAGUAGGAAUAUGCUAAUCAGUUGAUAUGGUCAGUGCUGCAAAGGAUGCUGGGACUGAGAAAUAAAUGAGAAUUACUUAUUCA